AGGCCUUAACUUUUUUUCUUUGCUUAAAAAGGAAAGACUGUAGAGAAAAAAAACAUAAAUCAAAAGAGGAUAGGAAUUAGAAGAAAAAAAAAAACCCUAAAUCCACCGAAACCACGCAGCCCUCAGCCGUUUAUAAACCUAUCGCCUCUUUACAUCGGAGACCAAUCUCAUCCUAAGAACACGCUUCCUCAUCUUCCUCUCGACAGUAUCUCUUCUUGUCUCGGUUUUACAGUUGGAUUCAGAUAUCAGCCUUGAAUUUUUUACUCGAUAACUAGCAGCAAUUAUGGAUGAUUGGGAGGAUGAGCAACUUGCACCACUUCCAGCUAAAGUUGUGCUUAAAAGUAACUGGGAUGAUGAGGAUGUAGAUGAGAAUGAUAUUAAGGACUCUUGGGAGGAUGAUGAUGACGAACCUGCUCCGCCUCCUCCUGUAAAGCCUCCUACAGAGAAGGCUCCUCCCAAGAAAGCAGCAGCAGCCAAAGCUGCUGAAAAGAAGGGAAAAGCAGCCGAUGUUCCAAAAGAAGCUCCAAAAGAAGAACCUCUUGAUCCCAUCUCUGAGAAACUUCGCAUGCAGAGGCUUGUUGAAGAAGCUGACUACCGAGCAACUGCUGAACUCUUUGGAACUAAGGUUGACGAGAAAAACGUUGAUGUGUUCAUCCCCAAGUCUGAAGCUGAUUUUUUGGAAUAUGCUGAAAUGAUUUCUCAGAAGCUUAAACCAUACGAGAAAAGUUAUCAUUAUAUUGCGCUACUCAAAGCAGUCAUGAGACAUUCCUUAACCAACAUGAAGGCAGCAGAUGUUAAAGAUGUUGCUUCGUCCAUUACAGCAAUAGCAAAUGAAAAACUUAAGGCGGAGAAAGAAGCUGCUGCUGGCAGAAAAAAGACUGGUGGGAAGAAGAAGCAACUGAUUGUAGAUAAGGCGAAUGACGAUCUAGUGGCUGGUCCUUAUGAUGCCAUGGACGAUUUCGACUUCAUGUAGAUUAUAAGAGCUUUUUAAAGGAAUGCUAUUUGGAUUUGUCUAUUUCAUCAUUUAUCACUCAGAAGAAUAGCAAAAUGUUUAUUAUUUCUGGAAAUAUACUUGGAACAAAAAAGCUUGAUUUUAUGAGUUUUGGUCUGUUUGGUCUGGAGAGAUUCUCCAAAAGAGUCGUGUUUUGUUUUUGUUUUUGAAUUAAUACUUGAAUCAAUUUGAUGGUGAUAUAAAAUUAAACAUUGUUCUGAA